AUGUUCAAAACACAUUCUUCAUUCAGAAUUUUUCCUGUUACUACUUCCUCUCUUCAUAUCUUUAAAAGACGUUUAUCCGAAUUUUAUAAUCUUUCGGCAAAGGAUAUAAAGGGGAACCUUAUCCAGCUUAAUCAAUUAAAGGGGCAAACUGUAUUAAUAGUUAAUGUAGCCUCUCAGUGCGGGUUUACCAAACAAUAUGAAGGUUUACAAAAUUUAUAUGAAAAAUAUAAAGAUAAAGGUUUCACCAUCUUAGGGUUUCCUUGUAACCAGUUCAGGAGACAAGAACCAGGUUCAAACGAACAGAUUAUGGAUUUUGUGUCUAAUAAAUAUGGGGUCACCUUCCCGAUAAUGUCGAAAGUUAAUGUCAAUGGGAAUCAGACAGAUUCUGUUUUCGCGUAUUUAAAGAGUAUGAAAAGUGGUCCACUGGGAAUCCAAAGUAUCGAAUGGAACUUUGAAAAAUUUUUAAUUGAUAAGAAUGGGAAUGUUGUUCAAAGAUAUUCUUCUUUAGCUGAGCCAAAGGAUAUUGAACCAGAUAUUAAGACAAUUAUUUGA